AUGGCGUGUUCAUCAUCAUCUUCUUCAUGUCCACCACAUUUCAGAUGCCCUAUCUCCAUGGAGAUCAUGUCGGACCCCGUCACCCUCUCCACCGGCGUCACCUACGACCGCAAAAACAUCCACAAAUGGCUCUUCACCUACAACAAAACCAUCUGCCCCGCCACCAUGCAGCCCCUCCCCCCCAACUCCCACUUCACCCCCAACCACACCCUCAAGCGCCUCAUCCUUGCCUGGCUCAACGCUGAUCAGUCUUCAUCUGCUUCAUCUUCGUCUUCUCCGCCCCCGUCCUCCAAGCACCACGAGCUCGUUUCGCUCCUCGACAAGGUCGAGUCGACGCCCUUCAAGGUGAACUCCUUGAAGAAGCUCCGGUCCCUGGCCGAAACAGGCGGCCACGACGUAAAAGCCGAUAUAGUCCUCUCGGGCGGCGUUGACGUCCUAGUUCGGGUGGUCGUCGAGGUUCUUAAGGAAACAUCCUUGGACUAUCUUGCUUUUAGAGGAUGCGAGGAGGCUUUGGGGGUUUUGCUCCAACUCCCAUUGUGGGAAGAAGAUGGAACAAUUGAAUUGUUGUCAAAGCCAGAGGUGACGAAGUCCAUGGCUGUAAUGCUCCAAAGGGGAAGCGCAGAAGCAAGACUCUAUGCGGUUUCCAUCUUCUCCAUGCUCUCAAAAUCCGAUUUCGAUUGGAACCGUGCUGUCCAGGAUCUCGACAUGGACAUGUUCAAGCCCUUGUUGGAGCUUGUUUCGGAUGGAAUGUGCAGUAGUACUAAAGGGAAUGCUUCAUCUAUGGCGCUGGAAGUUCUCAUGACCAUGAUGAAUGCCUCGAAGAAGAACAAGUUGAAAGCGGUGGAAGCUGGGGCGGUAUGCAUCCUCUUGGAGCUCCUCCCCGAGUCGAAAAGCCGAUUGAGGACCGAGAAAAUCUUAGGCUUGAUCAAGUUGGCGUGCGAGUGCGCGGAGGGGAGGCUGGCACUGGUGGAACAUGCGGCGGGGAUCGCCGCGGUGUCGGAUAAGGUGUUGGGCGUGUCGAGCGGGGCGACGAAGAUCGGGGUGAAGAUCUUGUGGCUGGUUUGCAGUCUGCAUCCGACGGAGAGGGUGGUGGAGGAGAUGGUGAUUUUGGGGACGGUGGAGAAGCUGGAGAGGGUGAUGGUGGAGGUGGGGGGAGGAGGGUCUAGUAGGGAGAAGGUGGUGAAUAUGUUGAAGAUGCACGGGAAUUCAUGGAGGAGGUACCCUUGUUGCCCACCUGGGUUGAAGGAGUAUUUGUGA